UGGAAUCGCGAGACCCCGCAGCAGCGCGAAGUUUGUCCCUCUGGUUUCUCCGUAGGUGUGUCUGUCCGUGUCAUCAUCAGCAUGGCGAGCUCCAGUCGUGUGGUGAUUGAGGGGGACUUCAUGAGAAAUGCUGAAUAUACACCGAAAUCCACCGGGCAGAGUGAGACAGAUAUUGACAAACGCCUUGGUGGCUGUCUGAUGGCAGUGGGGCUGGGAGUUGCAGCGGCAGGGUUUGCAGGUCGAUAUGCUUUCCACUUAUGGAGGCCUCUGAGUCAGGUGAUUACAGAAGCUGCUAAGAAGUUACCCUCUACGAAAGCGAUGAUUUGUGGGAUUUUUCCAUGUUCAUUUCCACAUCUUGAGGCGAAUGUUUGCGUGCGAUGUUGGCAUGUUAAACCUCCUGCUGUAGGGCGAUGGACUGAUUCAUCACAUCUUACUGGCCGUUGCUGUAGUUCACGCUGUGCUUCUGGUUUUUGAUGGAGUUUGUAAAGCUGUUUUUUCCAGGUUCUUCUUAAUCUCCAGGGUUGUGUGGUCGGGGCUGGUUCCCAGUGCUUUGAUUCAACCUGUCCACCUGUGUGCACUCUGAAAUUUCUAUAAUCUCAGCGGCUUUCUCCUAAACCGGGUUCGCGACAGAGCACACUUGUAAUAGAUCAUUAUUAGAGUUAUUAAUCCAGCGAUUUCAUCAUUCUGUGAAUCACAUAAUGGAUGAGUGUGAUUAAGUGUCCUGUUGUGGGCUGAGAUUGGACUGAACAUUCUGGCCUCUCUUGCCCUCUGAACAUACACGUUUUUACUCAAUCGUGAACUCUGACCAAAAUCCUGCAGUAUGUACGAUUUCUGAAGGAGCCACAGACCAAUGUUAUUCUGUUAUGGAAUUUUAAUUAAAGGGAUAGUUCAGCAAACAACUAUGAGAAUUCUGCCGUUGUUUAUUCACCCUCAUGAGUACAUGUGUUCCAGACCUGUGUGCUGUUUUUUUGCCGUGGAACACAACAAUUUGUGAUAUCACAAAAAAGACAUUUCUGUAGAAUUGUUACGAAUCUCUUGCUUAUGCCACCACAGUUUAUAGUCAUUUGAAAUGACCAAAAAACAUAAAGCAUACUAAAAUGAUCGUAAACGUAGUCCAUACAUUGUGCGCUAUACUCCAUGUUGCCAUACUGUCUGUUUUGGUCUGUUCUUCAUACAAACCUAUUUUAUGGCUUAAAGGAGUAGUUCACUUCCAGAACAAAAAUUAACAGAUAAUGUA